AUGCACAAAACAGGGGAUUUUAUAUCGGACGCAUUGUUAUUGGAAAAAGCAGCGGAAUUGAAAGAAGAAAUAGGCGCCCCGUCACAUUUUAAAACCAGUGCAGGGUGGUUAGCAAAAUUUAAAAGACGACAUGGAAUACGAUUAGUGCACCUUUAUGGUGAGCAAGAUAGUGCCGAUAGAAAUGCAGCGGAACGAUUUGUAACCAAUUUUAGAAAGCUCGUAAAUGAGGAAAAUAUUGAUUUAAAUAAUAUAUAUAAUAUGGACGAAAGUGGACUCUUAUGGAAAGCGCUGCCAGAGAAAACCCUCGUGAGUAACAGUGAAGGGCGCGUGAGUGGGCAAAAACUUAAAAAAGAGAGAGUAACUGUGGGGUUCUGCGCAAAUGUGACGGGGACGCACAAACUGAUGCCAAUUUUUAUUAAUAAAUAUAAAAAACCACGCGCUUUACAAAAUAUCACUAAUAAGUUGCCCGUAGUAUUUAAAGCGCAAUCAAAUGCGUGGAUGGUCCAAGAGUUAUUUGUUGAUUGGUUUGAUAACCAUUUUAAAAAAUCAGUGCAAUUAUUUCAGUUAGAGAACGGAUUAUCUGGAAAAGUAAUACUUUUAAUUGAUAACUGUUCCAGCCAUAGAUUUCCAGCAAACUACACACAUGAAGACAAAUUCGAAAUUAUGUAUUUACCACCAAAUACAACAGCCUUGAUUUAA